AUGGUUUAUAUUUGCGAUGGUUUUUAUCAUUCAAGCAAUUUGAAUUUUAGUGAAGAAAGUUCAGAUGGACCUGCCCGGCGGGCAUCUUUUCUUCUACCACUUCCUGAAGUAUUUGUUUCUGAUUCUAUCGAUUUCGUAAACAACGAUGAAGCCGAAUUAACUGUGGCUAUAACGGAAGCAAUUGCCUGUGGAGCCACAAAUGCAAUUAAAGCUUGUUUAUUGGAAUUAAAUCGCGCUUCAUCACAGCUUAAUUACAAGAUUGAAUCGAAGUCCAAUGAUAGUGAGGAUGGGAGCGCUAGAUCAAGCAUCAGUGGUCUUGCUCCUCCACCGCAUCAUCGUGAACACGCGUCGCUUCGGAGAGGACUCUUCAAAAGAAAGGACAAAGUAUUUUUGAGUUAUUUUAUAUUUGCACGUGAUUUGGUUUCAGAAUUCAAAUCACUGAAUCCUGAUGAAAGCGAUAUUGAUUCAUCUCCAUCUACUUCUCGUACGGUACAACUUACUGAUGAAGGUAGCAUAAUCGGGUCAUCAUCACCACUCUUGUCAUCGCAGUGUGCGAAGAAAAAAAGCGGUGGAAGAUUACAGUUCGGUAAAUUUUCAUCUUGUUAUAACUAUGAAGGAGAUCAUGAUGCGAAAAUAAAUUCAAUGAAAAUUCUUGUUUCUUCGUUUGGAGGCAACGAAGCAAUUAAUCUCCUAAAAUCGGUUCGUGCAGACAAUAAUGAUGACGAAUAUUCAGAUGUUGAGGGAAACGACGAUGGAAUAAAUCAAGAAGGAUUGAUCAAUGAAGGUGAUCGCUUAAGAAGAUUCUCAUUGCGACAAGCUAAUAAGCAACAAAUGAUGCGGAAGACGCCAUCUGAUGCAAGCGAUAACACUGAUAUAUUAAGAGAAAAUAAUGCAACAAGACGAACACUAGUAAUUCCUUUGAAUCUUCCUCCUCGAAAAUUGGUGAAUUUGUUGGGUAUCCAAGAAGGAGUUCGGCGAUUUUCGUUUUUUCUUGAAACAUGUCGACCAGGUAGUUUUCCUGAUCCACAUCUUCUUGCUGCUCUAUUAGAUUUGAAAUCACCCGUUUUGGCUCGAGCUGCUCUCAUUCUUGAAUGUGCCCAUUUUGUUCAUCGUUGCAAUAAAGGAGAUUGGCCAGAGUGGAUCCGUUCGAGUACAAUUCGGCAUGUAAGCAUGAUGGGUUUCAGUGGUGCACUUGGAAACCGUGGAACUCCUAGUGCAACAAGAAGAAUGCAUAUAAUGCAGAGGGCUGCAGGGCGAUGCUUCUUUUAUUGGGGUGUUCAGGUUUCGAAUCGGAUUCAAAAACUUUUAGAAAAAAGUGGAAUUGUUGUGGGCAAAACUGAUAUUAUUCGGAAAAUUGAACUGAAUAAACGUGAACUUAAUCAGCUCGAUGAACUUGAGGAUUUUUUUGAUGAAGGUAUAGUGAACGAUGAAAGCGGAGAAGCCUGUCCCCCAACUUUACUUCUAUUAGCUUGUCUACUUUUAAACGAAAUUACUGCGUUUCUUCGAGAGACCUUUCAAGGAAUACCUCGCGCACGGCCUAGUAAAGCAACUGUGGGCUGGGAAAAGUUAAUAUCACAUCGGCGUUGGUCUAUUUUAUCAAAUAUCUUUAAUUCACAACAGCAAGAAGGUGAUCGCCGGAUUAGUUUAUCGACGAAUGAAGAAGAUUCAUCCCGAGAAUCCCAUGAAAAUAUGGAGGAAGCAUAUUCAAGCGAUAAGAGAGGUAAAAAUAUAUUUUUUUCUCUAAAAUGGAGAAAAAAUUGA